CAAGUGAGAUUGACAAAUGGAUUCCUCACAUUUUCUAUAUCUCCAAUGGCUGAUAUAACUGUCUUCGUUUGAUUGAUUAGUUGACGACGGAAUGCAAAAAAAAAACGAGGGGGAGAAUAGAGAUGGGUUGAAUUGGCAGGCAAAUCUUUGUGCGGAAUGAAAAUUAUUAAUCGACAUUGAAAAUAUGAGAAAAGAAAAAACUUACUUGGCAUCCUGUCAACGGGUUAUUCGAUCGAGGCGUUUUAGCGUUAAAUGAGACUAGCCUCCGGCGGUUACCUGGUUAAAAACCAAUGUUAUCUUAUCAUAUCUCCGGCUUUUUAUUUGAAUAGUCCGCACACGGUUUGAGGGGCGUCGCCUCAUUUCCCGGAAUUGAUGACUGAUAAUGUCUUCUCUCAAUCAGGCAUUCAGUCGAUACUGAGUCAAUAAUGAGUAUAGUGGGAGAAAUCAGGUAUAGUGUGAGCGACCAGGGAUCCUCAAUCCCCACGAAUGAGAACCAGCGCCUGAAAAUGCAACAUGAAUGAGCGAUACUAACCUCGCAGUUGGAGUGACAUAUAAAUUCUUGUGCUCCUAAACGUCUAGUUUGUUUAUGGUUGAUAGCAGUUUAUCGUAAAACAGUCGCCCCUGUCAGCGUCAUUCCCUCGCAUCUGUUGUGGAAGAAAAUCUCGUGGAGAAAUAAAAAUGAAGAAGAAGGUUUUACUGAUGGGCAAGAGUGGGUCUGGAAAGACAAGUAUGCGGAGCAUUAUUUUUGCGAAUUAUAUCGCCAGGGACACUCGACGUUUAGGAGCUACAAUUGACGUGGAGCACAGCCAUGUUCGUUUCCUGGGGAAUCUCGUGCUCAAUCUGUGGGACUGCGGAGGACAGGAAGCCUUUAUGGAGAAUUACUUCGCCUCCCAGAGGGACAAUAUCUUCAGGAAUGUCGAGGUUCUUAUCUACGUUUUCGAUGUUGAGUCUCGGGAAUUGGACAAGGACAUGCACUAUUACCAGAGUUGUUUGGAGGCUAUUCUCCAAAAUAGUCCGGAAGCGAAAAUAUUUUGCCUCGUACACAAGAUGGAUUUAGUCCAGGAGGACCAGAGGGACCUCAUUUUUCGGGAAAGAGAGGAGGAUUUGAAGAGACUCAGUCUACCCCUAGAAUGCACGUGCUUCAGAACGAGCAUAUGGGAUGAAACAUUGUACAGGGCUUGGUCCUCUAUUGUCUACAUGUUGAUUCCAAAUGUCAAAGAGCUAGAACAGAGUCUCAAUCAGUUUGCCAAUAUCAUCGAUGCUGAUGAGGUUCUACUCUUCGAACGUGCAACAUUCCUAGUUAUUAGCCACUGUCAGAGACGUUUCCACAGAGAUGUUCAUCGAUUCGAGAAGGUCUCCAAUAUCAUCAAACAAUUCAAGUUGAGCUGCAGCAAAUUGGCGUCACAGUUUUUGAGCAUGGAAGUUAGGAACACUAAUUUCGCAGCCUUCAUCGAUGUUUUCACAUCGAACACAUAUGUUAUGGUCAUCAUGUCAGAUCCUGGCAUUCCUUCUGCCGCGACGCUGAUCAACAUUCGCAAUGCUCGAAAACAUUUCGAAAAAUUGGAACGAGCGAGUCAAAGCUCAGCGCUGAGUGGAUAGAAAUCAGCACGACCCAGGCAUAUAGUUGCCCGGGUCCAAAAACUCAAUUGGCUUUAAAGAAUUUUUUCAUUCGCAUUCGUUAUGAAUAAUUCCCCGGUGGGAAGCAAUCACUGUGACUACUCGAGACAGAUCUUGUUGAUCACAACGGCAGAAUAGCCAACAAAACAUCAUGGAAUAAGUACAUUUAUAGGGUUCUUAGAUAAGAGAAGCUCAAAAAUUGUGCUGACGGAAUGAGAGAAAGAGAAAAUCAUAUCGAAGCUAUGAAAUUCAAUUCCAAGCUAUGCUACGUCCCUUACCGUUUAAAACAUUACAUUCUAGUCCUCUAAUCAUGGAUAAUAAAUGAAGGUAAUCUCAGAUAGCUUUGGUUGAUUUUCUUCUUCAUGAUCUAUUUUGUAUUUCUUAUAUGACGUGUACACUUAUAUCUUUCAUGGAUAAAAUUGUCUUCUACUGCGAAUUUAUGGAAUUUAUUUGUUGCUCAUACUACUCUUCAACUGAAAUGAGUAUGAGGAAUGAAGAACUGUUCUCAGCAGUGGAAAUGUAGUGGUUCCAUUGGCGGAACUUUUAAUAAAGAAAAAAUAUACAAGUGUUGUUA